AUGGAAUCCGUCGAUAAAGACUCGCGUGAGACUUCAGCAACACAUGCCGAGCUAUCGCAACGAAACGCACCAAACAACUAUUAUGGUUUAACAUACCGAACAGUUCUUGUGUUCCUAGCGAUCACGAUGAUAUCAUUUGUUCAAGUCGUUAAUCUUAUCGCCGCUGGAUCAUUAAGCACGGCUAUAGUCGCCGAGCUUGGCGGCUCGAACUCCCAGAUCUGGCUUUCUCAAGCUAUCGCGAUCACCACGUGUGUUCUCGCGUUUCCAGUCUCCCAAGCUGCUGACUACUGGGGACGUAGGUGGCUUAUCUUCAUCUCCACUCUCCUCGGCAGCAUUGGAUGCAUAAUUGUAUCCCGAGCAGAAAGUAUGAAUGCAGCCAUAGCUGGUGAAGUAGUGACCGGCCUCUCUUAUAGUUGCCAGCCGUUACUAUACGCGGUUGCUUCUGAAAUCUUGCCGCGCCGCGUUCGACCUCUUGCACAAGGUGGGAUGAAUAUUUCUAUUGCUCUCGGCGGGGUGUUUGCCCUUCUCGUUGGGGGGUUAUUCGGGAGCUCAUUUGUUGGCGGCUUUCGCGUUUUCUGGUAUAUUAUUGCUGGUCUCUACUUUAUUUCUGCCGCCCUAUUCAUCGUGUGCUAUAAUCCACCUUUACGAAGUACGCAAUUAUCUCACACGGGAAAGGAGAAGUUGGCAAAGCUGGACUGGACCGGCUUUUGCCUGAUAGCCUCGGGGCUUACUCUUUUCAGUUUGUCUUUGACGUGGUCUGGAAACCCAUACAGCUGGAAUGAUGCACAUAUCAUCGUACCUUUUGUUAUCAGCAUUACCUUAAUCAUCGCUUUCCUCAUUUUUGAGAUACGUUUCAAGCGAGAUGGUAUCCUUCACCACGGCCUUUUUGCGAGUCGAAACUUUGCUAUUUCCAUCACGGGUAUUUUCAUAGAAGGCAUGAACUUCUUCGCUGCGACGAAUUACUUCAGCUACGAAAUCACGGUUUUAUACGAUGAUGAUGUCUUCUUUGCGAGCUUAAAGUUUACCAUCACCUUUUUUGUUGCGAUCGUCGCAUCGCUAUUUGUGUCCAUUUAUGCCUCGAAAAGCAAAAAAUUGCGAUGGCCAAUCGUGUUUGCUUAUUGUUGUUUCACGGUCUUUGACGCCUUGAUGGCAUCCUUGACAUUGGACGGCGCCAUAUUUCUCUGGAUCUGGCCUAUCUUUUUAGGCCUUGGUUUGGGCUUCUGCUUAACAUGUCUAGUCACCGCAGGGCAAAUAAGUUCAUCGCCUGAGCUGAUUGCUCUAUCAAGCGGUCUGAUGUUCUCCAUGCGUUCGGUUGGCGGUACGAUCGGUUUACCCAUCUACUCGGCACUUUUCAGUACGGGAACAGCAAAGUUAAGCCCUAAUAUUGCCUCUGCUGUACUACCGCUUAACCUCCCCGAACAAAGUCUCCCAGGAUUCAUGUCCGCCUUGCUGAAUAAUGAUCAAGCAGCACUGCAGUUGAUCUCAGGGGUGACGCCGCAGAUUCUCGAGGCAGGCGAGAAUGCAGUAAAGCAGACUUAUUUGAACUCGUUCAGAAAUGUCUGGCUUUUCACAGUUGUUGUAUCAGCUGCGGGCAUUCUCGUCACUUUCUUUACGAAAGACUCCGAUGCCAGCUUUGAUAUGCACGUCGAUGCCCCCCUUGAGGACCCGGGACCAAGAUUUAGGGAUCUUUGA